AUGAAGCUCAAAGCGGUAACACUCGCCUUCGCCGGUCUCCUCCUAAGAGCUAAUUGCGCAUCAACCCCCUUCUCACCAAAGCAGCAAUGGCUAGCCCGCCAGGAUAACACGGAGUCUCUCCCAAUCUACAAGAACUCAUCCUACUGCGUCGACGCACGCGUCCAAGACCUUAUCCAACGGAUGACGGUCGAAGAGAAAGCCGGUCAGCUUUUUCAAACUCAACUCUACCAAGGCCCCAAUGGCACUCUGGACCCUGGCAACGUCACGGCCCGCCGCAACAGCACUGAUAACAUGAUUGGCGAGAAGUACAUGACGCACUUCAACCUUGUCGGCGACGUCACAGAUGCGAAGCAGGUCGCUGAGUUUGUCAACCUCGUACAGCAACGUGCUCUGGAUACGCGACUGGGCAUCCCGGUGACCCUUUCUACCGAUCCUCGACACCACUUUACAGAAAACAUUGGCACUGGUUUCCAGGCUGGUGUCUUCUCCCAGUGGCCUGAGACACUAGGUCUUGCUGCUCUGAGGGACCCCGAGCUGGUUAGAAAGUUCGCCGAGGUCGCUCGAGAGGAAUACAUCGCCGUCGGCAUCCGCGCUGCCCUGCAUCCCCAAGUCGAUCUUGCUACCGAGCCGCGAUGGGCACGCCUGGGCAAUACCUGGGGCGAGAACGCGACUUUGACAAGCGAGCUCAUUGUCGAGUACAUCAAAGGCUUCCAAGGAAGAGAGAUCGGUCCUCACAGCGUGACCACCGUGACGAAGCACUUCCCGGGUGGUGGCCCCAUGGACAAUGGCGAAGACUCUCACUUCACAUAUGGCAAGAAUCAAACAUAUCCAGGAAACAAUUUUGAGUAUCACCUCACUCCGUUCAGAGCUGCGAUCGCAGCCGGUGCGAGACAGAUGAUGCCGUACUAUUCGCGUCCCAUUGGCUUGUCUGACAACUCAACCGAUUACGAACCAGUCGGAUUCUCCUUCAACAAGCAAAUCGUCACAGACCUCCUCAGGAACCAACUCGGCUUCGAAGGUAUCGUCGUCACCGACUGGGGUCUCAUCACGGAUACGGUGAUCCGUGGCCAGGAUAUGCCAGCACGCGCCUGGGGUCUAGAGAACACCACUGAAUUACAGCGCGCGGCUCGCAUACUGGAUGCGGGCUGUGACCAGUUCGGUGGUGAGCAGCGAACCGAGCUCAUCAUCCAGCUAGUAGACGAAGGCAUCGUGUCCGAAGACCGCCUUGACAUCUCCGUCAGACGUCUCCUUCGCGAAAAGUUCCUCCUCGGGCUCUUCGACAACCCCUUCGUUGAUCCCGAGGCCGCAACGAGAGUUGUUGGCAACGAAUACUUUCUCCGGCUGGGCAACGAUGCCCAGCGCAGAGCCUACACUCUUCUUACCAACAAGGAUGAAAUCCUUCCUCUAAAACACAUCAGCUCAGAAUCUAAAUUCUACAUUGAGGGUUUCAACGCCACGUUCCUCGAGGCACGCAACCUCACGGUCGUCGCGACACCAGAAAAGGCAGACUAUGCCUUGCUCAGACUUGAUGCGCCAUACGAGCCCCGCCCAGGCGGCUUCGAGGCAGCUUACCACGCCGGCUCACUCGAGUACUCGGUCGAGGAGAAGGCUCGCCAGGCCGCGAUCUAUGCAGCUGUGCCUACUGUCGUCGACGUGAUUCUGGAUCGUCCUGCUGCGAUACCCGAGGUGUUUGACGCCGCUUCUGCGGUGUUGGGCAGCUAUGGGAGUGGCAGCGAAGCUUUCUUGGACGUUAUCUUUGGGCAGGCUGUGGAGGAUGCGAUGGAGGAUGUGCCGUAUGAUGCGGUGGAUCCUGUGUUCAGAUUUGGCCAUGGGCUGCGCUAUGCCGAUAAAUGUUCGCACUGA